AUGGCAAAGAUCAAACGUGUAGCAAUUGAUGCACCAUUGCAAGUACGCAAUGAGAAGAUAAACGAUCAGUCACAAUAUGGAAAGAGAAAGCAUCAUAAAUUGUCACAGACGAAGAAAGUAUGUGAUUUGGUACUGCAGAAGAAACAGGAGAAGGGUGUUCCGAUUGCGAAAGUAACAGCUUUGGCAAACUCGAAUUGGAAUGCGCUUAAGAGCAAGAUUCAGCAAAAGGGACGACAAUAUCAAAGCAAACAAAAGCUUGAGAAGAAAUGUGACUUGGAUGUCAAGGUGAUGAAGAAACGGGUUAAACAGGAGAGACAGGUGAAACGGAUGAAGGCACAGACCGCCAAGUGGGUGAACAAUUCCUGCAUUGUCGCCAUGGAUUGCGAAAUGGUAGGUGUUGGUCUAUCAGGAAAAACAAGUGUACUUGCACGCUGCAGUAUUGUGGAUUAUGAAGGUAAUGUGUUGUAUGACAAGCACGUGCGACCAGUGGAAAAAGUCACGGACUUUCGGACGCAUGUUAGUGGUAUUCGCUCUAGUUCGCUUCGAAAUGCAAUUCCCUUUGCUCAGUGUAUCAAGGAAGUGGGCAAACUCAUUCAAGAUAAAAUUAUCGUCGGUCAUGCGUUGAAGAAUGAUUUUCAAGCACUUAUGUUUACGCCACCCAAACACCUGAUUCGGGAUACAGCCUACUAUCGACCGUACAUGCGUCGCAAAAUCAACGGCACGAAAUUGUAUCCCAAGUCACUAAAGCACUUGGCCGAAGAGGUGCUGGGGAAGCAGAUUCAGACCGGACAGCACGAUUCCAUUGAAGAUGCUCGUGCAACGUUGGAGCUAUACAAGCAGGAGCAAUAUGCAUGGGAAAAGCAUUUACGCACGUCUAAAAGCAGUAGCUUAUUGGUAGGAGUGGCACCCAUUUUGCCAGAGAAAGAGGACGUUCCCAGGCCGCUCACUGCCGUUGAUAAAGCUCAUUUAGACAGUGAUGAGGAAGAGGUUAGCAACACUGGUCGAAACCAAAGGGCUAUCCCGGAUUCUAUGAAGCUUGCCAAUAUGGAGUACGCCGAGUGA